AAGAGGUGCAGAACUGUCGUGUCUACCUUCCAACCUUCCGGUGAGGUUGUGCGUCGCUCUUUCCGGUCCGACCGUUUUCUCCCUCCGCUCCGGUACCUUUUUCUACUCCGCGGCCCACGUGCGGAUUUAAUUCGGUUUUUCCCUCUAAAGUUUUCUGUAAAAGUUCGGACCAAAUGUCGACGUCUUUCGAGCAGAUGAGGGCGAACGUGGGUAAACUCCUGCGAGGAAUCGACAGGUACAACCCUGAAAACCUUCCUACGUUGGAGCGCUACGUGGAGACACAAGCUAAAGAAAACGCUUACGACCUGGAGGCCAACCUGGCUGUCCUGAAGCUGUACCAGUUCAACCCAGCAUACUUCCAGACUCCGGUGACCUCCCAGAUUCUGCUGAAGGCUCUGACCAACCUGCCACACACCGACUUCACUCUCUGCAAGUGUAUGAUCGACCAAACACACCAGCAAGAGGAGCGCCCCAUCAGACAGAUCCUCUACCUGGGGAACCUGCUGGAGACGUGCCACUUCCAGAGCUUCUGGACGAGUCUUGAGGAGAACCGAGAGCUCAUCGACGGCAUUACUGGUUUUGAGGACUCUGUACGCAAGUUCAUCUGCCACGUAGUGGGCAUCACCUACCAGACCAUCGAACACCGGUUACUGGCUGAGAUGCUGGGAGACCCGCUGGACACUCAGGUGAAGGUGUGGAUGAACAAGUACGGCUGGACGGAGAACGAGGAGGGACAAAUCUUCAUCUUCAACCAGGAGGAGAGCGUCAAGCCCAAGAACAUCGUGGAGAAGAUCGACUUUGAGAGUGUAUCCAGCAUCAUGGCCACAUCUCAGUGAUGCAUACACACACACACACACAUAUAUACACGCACACACUCACACAUUAAGCAAGACAGAUUGAACCAGGUCAUUUGUAUUCAUAAUCACUCUUUUCUCAAUAAAAGUAAUUUAUCAUUUACA